GCGCUCACAUCACAGAGGGAGGAGUUGCCAAAGAGUUCUAGAGCUCGGGCAGCGUGUGUUGAUGUGACAAAUAAGAGCGGCGCAAAAGGGGGAAACACAAGCGGACUGCGCAAACGUCGUUACGGUGCCAUUUCCGGGGAUGCGGCUCAGGAUCUACUUGGGAAAAGUUUGACAUUUUGGUGGGGGGAAAAGGGGGUGUUUGCAUGCAAAGAUGCAGCGACCAGGAGGGCAAGGCACUGCUUUUUCCAUCGAUUCCCUCAUAGGGACCCCCCAGCCCAGACCGGGACACCUGCUCUACACGGGCUACCCCAUGUUCAUGCCCUACAGACCCCUGGUCAUCCCGCAGGCCUUGUCCCACUCGUCUCUCUCCUCCGGGAUUCCUCCGCUGGCCCCGUUGGCUUCUUUCGCGGGGCGCCUCACCAACACCUUCUGCGCAAGCUUGGGCCAAGGCGUGCCAUCCAUGGUGGCGCUCACCACCACCAUGCCCAACUUCUCCGACCCGCCGGACACCUUUUACCCGCCCCAGGAGCUGCCGGGCCCGCGUCUAAGCGCGGCCGAGCCCGGCGCGAGAAGGCAGGAAAGCCCGCACUCGGACGAGCUGCACGGUCGGGAGAAAAGCUCCGAGUUGCUUAACUUCUCGGAAAGUUUUCAGACGAUAUCAGGCGAGACUAAGCUGUACAGUUCAGACGACGAGAAAGCGGACCUGAAGUCUGCCGAGGCCGCGUGCAGCGACCGUGAUGACAGCUCGGCGGACAGCGAGAACGAAAGCUUCUCGGACGGCAACACCUGCGGCCCCCUGUCGCAGAAGGCCAAGCUGAAACUCGGGCCCCACGACGCGCUGCCACCCGGCGCCUCCUCUGCAGGGAAGAGCCGCCGGAGACGAACCGCGUUCACCAGCGAGCAGCUGCUCGAACUGGAGAAGGAGUUCCACUGCAAAAAGUACCUUUCGCUCACCGAGCGCUCACAAAUCGCGCAUGCGCUCAAGCUGAGCGAAGUCCAGGUCAAGAUCUGGUUCCAGAACCGCCGCGCUAAGUGGAAACGCAUCAAGGCCGGCAACGUUAACAACCGCUCGGGGGAGCCCGUGAGGAACCCCAAAAUUGUGGUGCCCAUCCCAGUGCACGUCAACAGGUUCGCCGUACGGAGCCAGCACCAGCAGAUAGAACAAGGGACGCGGCCGUGAACGCGAUGACGUCAUACAAACAAACAAAAAAAGUUAUGAACACUUAACGAGACUCCAGCAACUGGAGUGAGGACUGGAAAUAUGCUGUCACUUUUAUUUAUUGAUUUGUGAAUAUGUAUAGAUUUAACAAAACAGUAAAAAUGGGCACUAUGAAAAUAAUGUGUAAAGAUUUUUUUUAAGUAUUUAUAUGUCAGGCCAAAUCUUUCUGUUGGUUGCAUGUCAUUUCUCAUUUAGUGGCGAGUCUGUUCAACUUUUUUUUUUUGUACAAUAUGUUUGCAUGUAAGAAGGUUUUGUUUGGGAAGAACCACGUUGGAAGGAUUAUGAAAUGAAAAUGACCAAACAAGGGACAAGUGUAAAGUCUAGUGAUCUAAUAAAUCCAUUUCUAUAUCAAA